GGCGGAGUAAAGUGUAUGGGGCUCGAUGAUCAAGUGAGGAGAACUACCUCGCAAAAUAAGGUGAUUUUUAACGACUUGAGCGAACGGAGGAGGGCGGCGGUAGGCUCGUCACACAACAAGCUACAAAAGAGGAAUUGGAGUGGGCCAUUAUGGCGAAGACGAACGUUCCGAAACCGUACAGCACAAGAAAAUCUUCGUAAAAUGACCUUCUGGUCAAAGCAUGAUCCCGUUCGUCUUCCUCAAGCUCAGACAGACCACUGGACUAACAUGAAAUUGAAGUGUACCACUGUUCAAGUCGCAAUGCCGUCUGGGAAAGUGAUAAAUCGUGCAGGAUCGGCCCCUGCCAGUGUACCACAUGACCAAUGGGUAGCAACGUUCCAGUACAACGACAACGGCUCUUUUUCACGCCUAGAGGACCACACAUUUACUGACAUCCUCGUGAACAAAUUGGAUGGCGCCUUGCCUGGUACAUACGAUAAUCAACGAAGUAAAUCACAUAGACCUACACAUAGAUCGAACAUGCUACGGACUUCAUACAACACCAAAGCCAAGGAAGGCUUCAACUAUUGGCAAAUAGAACGACCUAAGCCAACGGGCUACAGUAAAACUGGUAUCGGAGCAGCCAACACCGUACUCGGCAUAGGGAACGCAGUUAGGACUUAAACUCAUCAACACCUUGUCAUGAAUUUGGGAAAAUGAUCCCAGGCAGUUCACAAAAAGUUACUCGAACCGUAAUAUACUUGGGCAUUAUACCAGCGGCAUUAUAUUAUUUUUUUUGACAAGCUUAAGACACAAUUAUGGUAGCCAGAGUAAAGAAUGGGUGUAAAGCCAGUAUAUUUUAUAGAUUUAUUUAUGCAUUGAUUUUUGUACGGAAGGGAUCAUAUAAUUUUAACGUUUAAAAAUAAAUGAGUGGAUUUUUUUGUAUAGGUUUAUGUAAAGGAUGGGAUGGAUGCAUUAUUAGAAGUUGAGGGAUUUUCAGGGUGACACCUUGCGCAGGCCAAUGGUUCAUUGUGGCUGAGGACAGAAUGCGUAAGGAAGAAAUAAUGGAUUUUGAGAUGUUCUGUUCAGAAUAGACAUAUAAACUGAGUUGUGUGCCGUUACUAUUGAUACUGGUUUAGCUAGGGCAUGAGACAGUUAUACUUGACUGAACCAAAAAGUAACAUAAAUUUAAAAAAAAAAUUAAAAAACUCCCACGAAAAAAAGACUACACAUCACUUCGCUAAUUGAUUUGUCACUUGGACAACAAAGUUUGUAAUUUUUGGGUGUAAAAUUUGCUGAGUUUCUGUGAUGUGUGUUUUUUGUUUUGAUAUGGUUUAUGCUAACUAUUAUCUAUUAUCGGCAUUACCAUCAUCGUCGUAAUAUUAUUUUUGCCACCUCCGUCUUCACUGCCAUCGCCAGCAUAAUUAUCAUCAGCAGCAUUACCAUCAAUGUCAUUAUCAAUCAUCACCAUCAUCAUCAUUUUUUGCGUUCACUGUCCCCAUUAUCAUAAUUACCAUUGUCAUUAACAACAAGAUAAACAACAACAUUGUGACUACAUCCAUCAUCAACAGCAGUAUUAUUACUACCAUAGUACCAAGAUUUGUUACAUGCUUCAUACAUUUGUACUCAAACAAGUGCGAUAGUGUGGCGUUAGCAGUUUCUAAUAAAUUAAUUUUUAAAGAUUUGAUUAAAAAUAAUAGAUUAAGAUUUUGAAACCUAAGUAAUUCGAUAAUUUUGCGUUUUUAAAGUUAUUCUUGAAUUAUAGGUAUUUUGAGCUUAUCAAAAACAGUAAUAAGUAAGUUGUAAUUAAUAAUUAGAUAUUAUUAUAGUAUAGACAUAUUACCGUAUUUAUUUGAAUAAACUCCCCGCUCUGAAUAAUGGCCUCCCGAGUCGAAUAAACUCCCCGCGAGGCGUCUAUUUCUUCCCCGAAUAAACGCCCCCAAAAUUUACUGUAAACAAUUAUGAUGGAAGCAACUCAUCCUCAACAUAUUCUAUUAAUGUUUUACUCCGCUAGAAUUACAUUUUUUCUAACCUGGUUGGGAUCAGUAUAUUUUUAUGAUCACGUAAUAAAUUUUGACGGUAAUUAUGCGGUGGCGUAUCUAGGGGAGGGCGUC